AUGGUAGACGACAUUCUCCUCCAAAUCGGACUAGUCCUCCUCGUCGUCGUCGUCUUCCUCUUCAUCCACAACGUCCCCAAGCGAGUCCUCGCCAACCUCCGCCUCCGUCUCCAAAGCAAAUCCGGCAUCCAAUCCAAGCGCCACUUCGUCCUCGGCGCCCAGCUCCUCGCCCAAGCCAGAUCCGCCACCCAAUCCACCUCCUCCUCCUCCUCCGCCGCCUCUCUCUCCAAACAGGCCCUCGAACACGCCGACAAGGCCAUCGCUCUCGAUCCCAAAGACGCCGCCGCGCACAUCCUCAAAGCCCUAGCUCUCGACGCCCAAGGAUUCAAGACCUCCGCGCUCGACGCCAUCGAAGUCGCGCUCUCCCCGCUCUGCCGGAAGAGCCUUGCCGACGACGAGCGCGGCGACGCGCUUUGUAAGCGGGCGGAGAUUAAGAUGUCGAUGAACCGGCCGGCGAGGGUUGACUCGGUCAUCGAGGAUUUGACUCUGGCGGUGAAGCUGAGCCCGGAGAAUGUUAAGGCGUUUUGCACGCUGGGAGAGUGUUAUGAGGAGAAGAAGAUGACGGAGGAGGCUAAGAAGGCUUAUGAGGAGGCCUUGAAGAUUCAGCCGCGGCUCGCCGUCGCGAAGGAGGCGCUGGACCGCCUUGGUUCGUCGUAG